UCAUUAACAAUAAGAACCUUGAAGCGAAGAGCAGCGUUAUUGAAAUAAAGGGGAAAAUGUACUGCAUUUCAACUACAAUUGCAAUUAGUUUAGUAAAUUUGUUCGCUUUCGGUCAAGCUCGAAUUAUAAGCAAUUUAGAAGCGUUGCAACCGAGAAAAUCUCUUCCGGAAUCUCGCGUUAUUGGAGGCGUUGCAGUUAGCGAGGGCACAGCACCUUAUCAAGUAUCGAUACAGAACGUAUUCGGCGAACAUGUAUGCGGAGGCUCCAUUAUUGCGCCACAAUGGAUACUCACAGCGGGUCAUUGCCUUGAUUGGCCUAAAAAGUAUCUGAAAAUUGUCACUGGCACACUUAAUUGGACACGACCAGGAGCUGAAUAUCUGGUGGAUGAAGUUAAAUUGCACUGUUUACAUAACAAGCCGAUGUAUCACAAUGACAUUGCUCUCGUGCAUCUAACUAAACCGAUUGUAUAUAAUAAGCACACUCAACCCAUUAAAUUGGCUAAGCGAAAUUAUCUGAACGAUAAAGAUAAACUUAUUUUGACCGGUUGGGGUAGCGUUAAACCUUGGGGCAAUUACUCUGAUAUUUUGCAGAGAGUUGAAUUAAAUUAUUUAAAUCAUAAAUUGUGUGCUGCCCAUAUACGUAACUCGGCGUGGUUAGGCAAAGGACAUAUAUGCACUGAUACCCGCCCGGGGAAGGGAUCGUGCAUUGGAGAUUCUGGUGGCCCGUUGGUGGAUGCCAGCCGUAAGCAGGUGGGAGUGGUUAAUUUUGGUGAGCCUUGUGCUGUCGGUUAUCCUGACGCAUUUGCCAGUGUUCCUUUUUACUACACCUGGAUACAAGCAGUAAUGGCGGGUUCCAAUAUCUGCUAAGACUUCCUGCUCAUUCGGUUGGACGUGUAAAUAACUCAAGUACAAGGUUUUCCAAUGGUGUCUAAACUAAUAUAUGACAUUAUUUGUAAUAUAAACUUAAGCAGUAAACGAUCAAAUGAAAUAACUGAGGGAAUUUUGUUUAAAAGAUCGCUUCUUACGAUAAAUUGGUUCCGGGAAUUUUUGAUAAAGCAAUAAAAAUGUGAAACUUUUCGUGAUGGCCCGGGUUGUCGUAGGCAUGUUGCUAAGUGAAAAGCUUGCUGCGUCAUUUGCGAUCAAAAUGGAGCUUGCAUUGCUUAAAAAUUUACGAUGACCAAGUCGACGCAUGUUCAUGAUGAGCACGUCAGAUCAUAUGCGUCCCGAAAAAGAUUAAUCCGCUUCCAAAUUUAUUUUGCACUGCAGAGCCAGCUUCUCGCGCCUUUUCCCUACUGAUAGCUAUUGUAAUAUUCACUCAAUCCAAUAAGCUAAGGGAAU